CGAGGGAGAAGGAGAGGGAGAGGAGGGAAGCCGCCAUUUUGUUUGUUUGCGGACGGAAGAAGACACGUUUAUCCUUCGCAGCUCGCCAUUGAGCAUGAAGCACUCAAAGCCAACGCAGUGCUCUGGGCAGGGUGAAAGAAGGAGCUGGGAUGAAGAAAAGAGCACACAUAGCCAAAAACGCAGGCGGAAGUCACAUAGCAGUGAAAGAGAAGGCAGAUGCUAUAAAUCACUUAAAAGUGCCAACAGCAGCUACUUGGAAGAUAGAUCCAUAACUAGGAGAGACCGUCAUGACCGAAGAUAUGUUGAGGAGUAUAUAAAUGACUUCCGUGAUGUAGAUGACUAUAAGCAUUGCAGAGAGUAUGAAAAGAGUCGCCAACAUCAUUUUAGCAAAUCCUCUGGUCAAAGUGGGAAAAGUAGUCAUAAAAGAAAGCAUAAGAAACAUGACCCCCAUGACAGCUUGUAUUCGAAGAGUCACCGAAGGAAAAGAUCCAGGAGUGUAGAGGAUGAGGAGGGUCACCUGAUCUGUCAAAGUGGAGACGUACUAAGAGCAAGAUAUGAAAUUAUUUCAACAUUAGGGGAAGGUGCUUUUGGAAAAGUUGUAGAAUGCAUUGAUCAUCACAUGAAAGGGAUGCAUGUAGCUAUAAAAAUUGUGAAAAGUGUUGGUAGAUACCGAGAAGCAGCUCGUUCAGAAAUUCAGGUAUUGGAGCACUUAAAUGCCUUGGAUCCUGGCAGCAGAUUCUGUUGUGUACAGAUGCUGGAAUCGUUUGAACAUCAUGGCCAUGUUUGCAUUGUAUUUGAGCUGCUGGGACUCAGUACUUACGACUUUAUUAAAGAAAAUAGCUUUUUGCCUUUUCCUAUUGAACUUAUUAGGAAGAUGGCUUAUCAGAUUUGUCAUUCUAUAAACUUCUUGCAUCACAAUAAGUUGACUCAUACAGAUCUGAAACCUGAAAAUAUUUUAUUUGUAGAAUCUGAUUAUAUAGUAAAGUAUAAUUCUAAAAUGAGGCGGGAUGAACGGACACUGAAAAAUACAGAUAUUAAAAUUGUAGACUUUGGAAGUGCAACAUAUGACAAUGAACAUCAUAGCACUUUAGUGUCUACAAGGCACUACAGAGCACCUGAAGUUAUAUUAGCACUUGGGUGGUCCCAACCCUGUGAUGUCUGGAGCAUAGGGUGCAUUCUGAUUGAAUAUUACCUUGGUUUUACAGUCUUUCAGACACAUGAUAGUAAGGAACAUCUGGCAAUGAUGGAGAGGAUACUAGGACCUUUACCCACACACAUGAUUAAAAAAUCAAGGAAACGCUACUUCCACCAUGACCAGUUGGACUGGGAUGAACAUAGUUCUGCAGGUCGCUAUGUUAGGAGGCGGUGUAAACCACUAAAGGAAUUCAUGCACUCCCAUGAUAAAGACCAUAAAAAUCUUUUUGACCUUAUUCGUAGGAUGUUGGAGUAUGACCCUGUCAAGAGAAUUACUCUAGAUGAAGCCCUGGAGCAUCAUUUUUUUGACCCUUUAAAAAAUAGAUAAACUCAUUUUAUCUAUCUUCCUCCAAAGAGACGAUAAGACUGUGUCACUUAACAACAUAAUGUGAGAAGAUGUAAAUAAUAAAUUAUUUUUUCAAUUUAUUUUGUAAAUAUUACCAUAAUUUUUUUGUAUCGAUGUUGUGGCUCUCUUGUUGAACAGUUGUGGUAUUACUGAUCACGGAUGCAUUAAUGUACACAUUAAAUUUUUUCAUUUUCUACAAGUGAUUGCACUUUUUUGAAUUGAGGCAACUAUUGAUAUUUUGAAGACUGUAACAUGGUUAAACAUUGUUGGACCAUUUUAAUACCGAGUGUUUUUAGGAUUGAAGUCAGUGUUUGUGAAAGGUCCUUUUUUAGGUUCAAUGUUUCCUUAAAUUGUUGUGUUUAGGCAGGUUUAAAAUUUUAUUAACCUUUUAAAAUACUACAGUAUUUGAAAUGAGAUCUAGUUUGAUUGCCUGCCUGUCAUUUUAUUUUUCAGAAUAUAUUUACCAGCCAUUUUAAUUAAUGAGUGCAUUGUUUCCCCAUUUUUAUUAAGCUGAUUUGUAAAAUCUACUUUAUUUCAUUCGGGAGGGGAGAUAUUAAAGACAGUUGAAAAGUAAAAGCAUUGUAUUAAUUGGGUGAAAUCUAGUGGUGUUCACGUGUGAGCAUUCACACUUCCACUCAUGUAAUGGGACUUCCCCUUUUUCUUCAUGCCUACAGAAUCAGCUCACAGGAAUCUGAUCCUCUGGAGCAGAUUUGGUGGGGUCAGCUGCAGGGGGAGGAAAGGAAAGUCCAGUUGUGCAAGCAAAACUUCACUUGUCCACUGUUGGAUUUCACCAAUUGUCCUUAUGAAUGUGAUUGUUUAUGGUAGGCAGAUUGUGCUCUCGGUGCUUGAAUAUUGGGGGGUGUGGAUAAAAAGCCAUGCUUUACCUUUGCCAAAAAUUGCUAGAUAAUUCUACUUCCUGGUCUGCUAAGGAGACCAGAAAUUGCAGCUAGCGAUAUUAUUCACAUUUUCAUUAUCAACUUUAAAGUAGCAUGUGUCUCAGCAUUGACUCUUUUAAUACUAUAUUUAAGGUCUGUUACAGCAUUUGGAUUUAUGUAAUGAGCCUUGUAACAUGAUGUUUAACAUCCUGUAUAGUAACUGCAAUCCAAGGAAAAGUAAUAAUAAAUGUACUUACUACACGUA